GGCAUAAAGCAUGUUUCCACUGCGAGACCUGCAAGAUGACCCUAAACAUGAAAAACUACAAGGGCUACGAGAAGAAGCCGUACUGCAACGCACACUACCCGAAGCAGCCCUUCACCAUGGUGGCAGACACUCCCGAGAACCUGCGCCUAAAGCAGCAGAGCGAGCUCCAGAGCCAGAUUCGCUACAAGGAGGAGUUUGAGAAGAACAAGGGGAAAGGCUUCAGCGUGGUGGCUGACACCCCGGAGCUGCAGAGAAUCAAAAAGACUCAGGAUCAGAUCAGCAACAUCAAAUACCACGAAGAGUUCGAGAGGAGCAGGAUGGGCCCCAGCCCCAGCGAGGGGGCUGAGCUGGAGCGCAGGAACUCCCAGGAGAGCACCAAUUACCGGAGACCCGGGGAGCAGCAGCAGCAGCCGCCGUCCCAUCGCAUCCAACCCACCAACCCAGUCUACCAGCAGCAGCAGCCACCGUCUCAGUCCUACGGCUACAAGGAGCCCGCGGCACCGGCCUCCACGCAGCGCAACGCUCCUUCUGGAGGGGGGAAGCGUUUCCGCGCUGUCUACGACUACAACGCGGCCGACGAAGACGAGGUCUCCUUCCAGGAUGGUGACACCAUCAUCAACGUGCAGCAGAUCGACGACGGGUGGAUGUACGGCACGGUGGAGCGCACGGGCGACACGGGCAUGCUCCCGGCCAACUACGUGGAGGCCAUCUGAGCCAGCCAGAGGGGAGGGGGUGCCUGGCUGGUACCCCCCCAGCCCCCCCCUCCAUGUGUGUGUGCGUGCGUGUGUGUGCGUGUGUGUGUGCGUGUCUCUCUCUCUCUCUCUCUGCCCCGGCAUCCCUCAUCCCGUGUGCUCCACCGGAGUCACAUCCUGACAUCUCGGACACUCCGUGUCCCCGCAGCCUCCUCCGGUUUCUCCUGUUGAUUUA